AUAUAUAUAUAUAUAGAGAGAGAGAGAGAGAGAGAGAGAGAGAGAGAGAGAGAUAAAUAGGGAAAUAUAUAUACACAUAUAUUUUUUUAUUCUUUUCUUUUUCCAUGGGAAUGGUUUCUACUUCAUGUAAAUUCUUCCUCCUAUAAGUCACAGUUAAACAAUCAAAAGAAAAGAAAAACUCUCGAGUUUAACUCGAUACAUUUAAAUAAGUAUCUAAUUAAUCUAGUUAAAGUUUAUCUAGUUAAAGUUUGAUUCGAGAGAAAGAUCGAUAGAUGGUUUUUUAAUUAAAUCACUUGUCGAUCGAGCCGAGGAAUAACAUUAAUUAAAUUCUCUUGAUUAAAAGAUCAUCUACAUCAAAUUUAUAUAUAUAUAUAUAUAUAUAUAUAUAUAUAUAUAUAUAUAUAUAUAUAUAAGUGUAAGUAUAGAUGAGCCUGUGACAUAUGUCAAUGUAUGUAAUAGUAUUAAAAAGAUAUUAUCUAUAUUACCAUUAUGUUUAUAUAUAUAUAUAUAUAUAUAUAUAUAUAUAUAUAUAUAAACUUAAUGGGAUUUUAGCAAACUGUUAUAUGCACUUGAAUAAUCCUCAUUCGUAACGCUAUAAUUAAUGAAACGAAAUAUAUAUAAAUGUGUGCAUUUAUCUAACAAUGCCAAAAUGUCUUCUUGCAACUAAGGUUGUUCAGAUUUUUGAGAGAAGUCAGAAAAAAAGAAAUAGAAAAAAAAUAGUAGAAUUUGUUCAAGUACAAAUAUAUCGUAGUUAAAGAUAAAAUUUUAAUUGAUAGUAAUUGUUGAAGAAAAAAGAGAUAUAGUAUAUAUAUACAUUCAUAUAUCUAUAUAUAUAUAUAUAUAUAUAUAUAUAUAUAUAUAUAUAAAUAUUUAAAUUAUCGUUAUAUCGUACAAAAAAAUUUAUAAUAAUUUUACAAGUUUACGACGAUAAUUUAAAUUAGAUUUAUUGUUCAUUUUAUGUAAAGAUCAAAUCAGAGAAAAAAACCGUUCGAAAACAUAUCUAAAAGUUAAUUAGAAGAUUUUAUAAAUAAUAUAGUAUUCUUUUUAAAUUUUUUGAAAUGUAUUUUCCUUCGUAACGAUUGAUCUUGUGUAAAAAUCAAAGAAAGAAAAAAAAAAGAAUAAGAAACGAAAGGACAAAAAAAUCAAAAUGUUCCUUGAACAUUAUUUAAUAGACGAACGAAAACGAAUGAUAAUAAAAUUAAAAUAAAGUGCAUCUUUCAAACGAAUCUAUGUGUAAAUCUUUCAAUUUCCACUCAUUUUCAACUUCCAUCAUUGCAAAGCAAAAACAGUAGAGGAUCGAUAUUUUUCAUAGCAUUAAAUAACCUCCUUUAAUUUCUAAAUAUUGUGUAGCAUUAAAAUUAGUAUUCCAAAAAAAAAAAUAUAUAUAUAUACAUACACAUAUAUAUAUAUAUAUAAGAAACAUGGCAGAGAAAGUAACAACGAGGAGAAAAAAAAAUAUACAAAAAUUCGAGCAAGAGAAUACACUGGCUACGAUCUCAUCGAUUGUGUUAGAUCAAAGCCGAAGACAUGUGAUCGACGUUCAUACGAGAUCUACGGAGAAAACUGCUAUGGAUAUUGAAAUGAAAAAAAGAGCCCUAUCUUUGGCUACGAAUUUAAAAAAAAUUUCAAAAUUCGAUAAGAAAAUGAUGGUGCAAAAAGGUAUAGAGGAGGAGAAGAUAAAAACAGAAGAAGAAAAAGAAGAAGAAAAAAUAGAAGAAAUGGCUACUAUUUUGGAUAUGAAAUCUAAAAAGUACUUACAAGGAGAAGAAUUAAUAAUAUACAAACAGCGUGGUAGCUUUUUCAAUCCUAGGCCUAGUAUAUUCCCAUCGCCGGUAUCCAUAAUGGAAAUGAAAACGAUCGAUACCAGUGAUAAGGUAUUCAUUCACAUAAGUAUAUCUGUAUACAAAGUAUGCAGAUCAUCUUUCAAAAUGAUGAUACGUAAUAUGCCGUACAUUUAUUUAUACGGGUGAGAUAGAAAAAAAAUAAAUCUAUAAAAAAAUCAAGAAAAUUAUAAGAAAUCUGUUAAAGUUAAAGCGAUUGAAAGCUAUUGAAGUUGAUCGACGAAUGAUAUAUUUAUAAAUAUAGCUCGUCGAUGAUAAAAAAAUGUUGAUCUCGGAAGAAUCAAUGAUAGAAAGGAGUGUAGACGAAGAUCUUUCAACAAACCUAACACGGUACGAAGCAACAGUGAUAGCCUCUGUCCUUGAGGAAUGCGUAGAUCAACUGGCUGUCUUACGGCAUGCCAUACCAGCAGAGAUCGAUGAUCGUUGGGACGAUAUCGUGAAACCUAUUAAGGAGAAAUAUGGUGCCUUAGAAGAACCCCAUAUAAUAAUCAGAGAGGAAACUAAUUUGCCACCAUUGAUAUUGUCGAAUCCAGCAAAACUUCAGAGAGAUAGAACUUAUAUGUACAAGAUUCUAAAGAUGACUCUCGAUGAGAUCAAACGUUACCAAAAAUUCGACAUCCUCAAAGAAGAGGUAAAUGAUAUUAUGAAGAUGUUGGAGGACGAGUACAAUCUUAAAGAAACUUGUACGUUCUGGGAGAAUCAAGUUAAUCAAUUACGACAAUUGAUCAAAGACGAAACGAGCAAACAGGAACGUGAGAAAAGGCAAUUACUGAAAUUGGCUCAAAUGACAAAAGCUAAAGUCGAUGAUGUUGUAUACGAGAUGGCAUUGAAAAUGGGUUACGUAGACAAGUGGGAAAAUGCAAGAUUUACUCAGCAUUUGUUUCAAUUGACAACGGAAGAGCAAAAUCUUUUGAAUGAAAUUGACGAAUAUAAAAAAAAGCAAAUCGUAGAGAAAAUUGUUACAGAAAAAAUAUGUGCUUACUAUCAAGAGAGUAUCAAAGAUAUGGAGAAUGAGAUGUUGGCAUGGUCCAAUCGAUAUGACGACGAAAUCGAACAAAGACAACGAGAUAUAAACGAUUUGAAGGAAAAAGUUGAAGAACAAAAACUUGAAAUUCAAGAUUUACGUGUUAUGAAAGACGAGAGACAGGCAUUUAUAGACGAGAAUCUAGCUGAGAUAAGGAGAUUGGAAGAAGAAGCUAAAUAUCAAGCGAUUCUCCAUCGUGCCGCUACAAUAAUUCAAGCAGCAAUAAGGGGAUAUUUUGUGAGACACGAAUUGGGCGAGUAUAAAAAUCUUCGAGCACAAUUACGUAAAAGGAAAAAAUUGGCUGCCGCGAAAAGGAGGAAAUUGGAAGCACAACGAAAGAAAUUGGAAGAGGAAGAAAUGAAGAAAUUGAAAAAUACUAGAUUAAAAACAGGCAAGAUUAAGUGAGAAUAGAAAAAGAAGAAGAACCGAAGGUUCAAUGUUGGCGCUUCGAAGGAUUAAAAAAAAAAAAUAUAUAUAUAUACCACUAGGUAAUUCGAUGUUUGUCCGUAUUUAUCUGUAUAAAUUAUUCAAAUAUACUUUUAAACAAUGAUUAGAGAUACAAUAUUUACAUAAUAUUCUGACUCACACUCAUGCGAACACACACGCGCACAGUAUCGUUGCCGCCUUAAGUAUCGGCGGUAAUCAAUGGCAUCGAAUAGAAAUAUCCAUUGAAAAAAAAAAAAA